AUGGACGCCAUGAUUGUGAUGUAUGUCGUGGCUGAUUACAAGAAGGCUGCAAACAGAAUUCUCAAGAAGCUUGUAGAUAAGGCGUACAACUGGAUCAACGGAUUGGACGAGGAAGGAAAUACCAAAGAAAUCAAUGCAAAUAUUCCAGCAGCUUUGAAGGCUCUUUGA